AGCUUUUUCAUAAAGUUAAUCGAUUCUAUCAGCGUCUGAAGGUCGUCUCAGCACAGGAGUCCGGGGGGAGUCCGCCUGGAAGCCGCAGCAGCAGCCGGUUCGUCCGCAGACGGGGAACGUUAAUCGGGUGACUUGUUGAAACCAUGCCGUCCCGGGUGGAGGACUACGAAGUGCUUUACACCAUCGGAUCCGGAUCGUACGGAAAAUGCCAGAAAAUAAGACGAAAGGCUGACGGCAAGAUCCUUGUGUGGAAGGAGCUGGAUUACGGGACUAUGGCCGAGAGUGAGAAGCAGAUGCUGGUGUCAGAGGUCAACCUGCUCAGGGAGCUGAAGCACCCGAACAUCGUGAGGUACUACGACCGCAUCAUUGACCGGACCAAGACCACGCUCUACAUCGUCAUGGAGUACUGCGAGGGCGGAGACCUGUCCAGUCUCAUCAGCCGCUGCAUUAAAGAAAGGCGUUACCUGGAGGAGCAGUUCAUCCUGCGAGUCAUGGCGCAGCUCACCUUGGCCCUGAAGGAGUGUCACCGGCGGAGUGACGGCAGAGCCACGGUGCUCCAUCGAGACCUGAAACCCGCCAACAUCUUCCUCGACGUCAAGCAGAACGUCAAGCUGGGUGACUUCGGUCUGGCCAGGAUCCUGAACCACGACACCAGCUUCGCAAAGACGUUUGUUGGAACGCCGUACUACAUGUCUCCAGAACAAAUAAACAGGAUGUCCUACAACGAGAAGUCAGACAUUUGGUCUCUGGGCUGUCUGCUGUAUGAACUCUGCGCUUUAACCCCGCCGUUCACUGCCCACAACCAGAAAGAUCUGGCAGAGAAGAUCAGAGAGGGCAAGUUCAGACGAAUCCCGUUCCGCUACUCUAGUGAGCUGAACGUCCUGCUGAGCAAAAUGCUCAACUUGAAGGACUACCUGCGGCCGUCGGUGGAGUCCAUCCUCCAGAGCAGCCUGCUGAGCGAGGCGGUCGCCGAGGAGCAGAGGAAGACCCAGACGCGUCCGCGGAGGAGGUCGUCGGACUCCGGCUGUCCCCUCCACGAAGCGGCCGAGCCGACGCCCGCCGCGCCGGCGGAGCUGAGGCUCCGAGAGCAGGCGCUGCGGGACAGAGAGCAGGCGCUGAAGGAGCGAGAGGAGAGGCUGGAGAAACGGGAGCAGGAGCUGUGCGUCCGCGAGCAGCUGUCCAAAGAGAAGCUGGCACGGGCGGAGAGUUUGCUGAAGGACUACAACCGCCUGCAGCAGCAGAGGGAGCGGGCGGCGCUGUAUGCCAAACACCGAGAUGUGGAGAACGUCUCGCCCGGUAAGAAGAAAGUGCAUUUUGCCGGUGAGAGCGGCGAGGGCCAUCAACCGCACGGCCGCCCGAGCCUGGCGUCUCAGGAGCUGGUGCUGAGGAGGCUGCAGGCCGCCAACCUGCGAGCCCAGCUGCUGAGCGAAGUGGAGGAUAUCUGUCAGUACAGGAGCAAGCCGUUCCUCGGCAUCCGCUGAUCGACCAGACGCUCACACAGUCUCUGAAUUACUACCGAACUGCACAGCAGAGAUCUGGAAAGAUUGGAUUCUGUUACUCUUUUCCUGCAUUUCUGAGUGCAGAAGACAGACUGGGCUGGAAGUUAAAAGCACAACACAGACUGAGAGACAGUCACCGACACUGGAUGAGGGAGGAAAUCCGAGCACGCAGAAGCAGAACGUGCAAACAGGACCUGCUCACUUUGACUCCGGUCAGAAGAUUAGCUACAGCUGGAAACCAUGGCUGGUUUGUAGUCGUCGUUUUAAGGUUUUCUCAUGUGUGACUCAUGUUUUUAACGUGAUUUAUGUUUAUUAAAGUGGAUUUGG